CCUAACACACUCAACUUCACAUACAAAAACAAAACCCUAAAUUCAUUCCCUAAACUCAAACUGAUCAUCAUAACACCCUUCUAGCUAAAAUCAUCUCAUUAUGUCUUCUCUUCUUGUCUAUGUUUUCAUUUGCCUUUCUUUUCAUGCAUGCGAUGCCCGCCAUCUAGGUUUUACUCAUAAACAAACUUCCCAUGGGUUUCAUAUUUCUAGCAAGGAUGUGGAGGAAGAAAAACAUCAAGAAAACUUGAUCCCAUCAAGUGUCGGCCCUUAUAUAUCUAAGGCAAUGGGAACACGAGAAAAAAUAGUUGGCAAAAAAGAUGAAACAGGAAUCCAUGAGAAGUGGGAUGGUGCAAAGGAAGACAUAACCAAAGGGAAUGAGAUUGCAUCUUCAUCUUCUCAAGCGGUUCUGCAAGAGCCAACUAAAAUAGUGGAACGGAAGAGACAAGCACGGUGGAUGCUGAGUUCUACGUCACAAAAUGCAGAGGAAACUGUAGAUCAUUCUAAGGAAGAUGACCCUGUGGAAGACAUAGUAGUUAUGGACUAUGCACAGCCUCAUAGAAAACCACCUAUUCAUAACUGAGAACCCUAGAAACCAAUACAGAGAACCCUCGAUGGCCAAUCAUCAUCCAUAUGCACUUUUUAUUUUUUGUUGUUGGACUUAUAGUUAAUAUUAAUACUGUCUAAUAUCGACUGAUAUAUGAUUAUAUCACUAAUACCAAUAUAUAUAUCUCAAUACUACUAUUUAAAAUCAGUAAAAAAUUUAUAAAUGGUAAGCAAAAUAUCAACUAUUGCACUAUUAGUUUAUUUACUAUAUCCUAUUACAAACAAAUGAAGAAAUGUAGGUAGUAGAAUAUGGUGAUUGAUGGAUUAAGGUCCCUUAAAUAUUUGUUUGUUUGUAGGAAAAUGUUGUUGUUCAAUGAAUUUGAUUGUGAAUAAAGAAACAUAAAACGUGAUGUGCGUCCCAAGCUUGUAAAUGUAUUUGUCUCCUCUUAAAUGAAGGUAGAUACUCAUAGAACAUGUUGGUCUUUUGCACUUUCAGUUGUGUUGUUCCCAACUGUUGUGGUCUUCACAUGUCCACUGCUUCAAAGGCCUCUCUCUCUCUCUCUCUCUCUCUCUCUCUCU